GACGCAUCCAGAGGCUAUAGCGGCAACGAGUGGAAUGAGGGCGACUAUGGCUGUGAUGAGGACACACUCGUCGCUUCAUCCGGCCAAACGUAGGUGCGAUUCCACCCAUGGCAGAGAUGCAAGCAAUGUGGUGGUGUCGCCUGCUGGAAGAUAAGGUCAAGGAGGGACAUCCUCUGGACAGCUCCUGCUAUAGACUCACCGAUUCCAGGCUCUGUUAUGGUGUGGACUAUGGAUACUACAUGUUUGCUUUGGCAAAGGAGAUGGGAGCAGCACCAUCUCUUCGACACUGGCUCUGGCGCGACUGGCGAGUCAUGCUGACCUGUGCCUUUGGCCAAGCGCACGUGCCUAUUUUCCGUCUUCAAGGACCAUUCCGCAGUGCAGCUUGCCAGGCCACCUGCCGCUCAGAGCUAUACAAUGUCUUGUGGACAAGACCAGUGGUGAUGAAUCUCACCUUCCUCAUUGAAGCCAUUACCUUUGGAGUUUGUUUCCGUCCCCGACAUGAAGCAGAACCAAGGAGACACCUACUGCAACGGUCUGAUUCAGCCUGUGCACAACUGGGCCUAUCCGCCAUACGAUGAGGGCUAUGACGCAUCCAGAGGCUAUAGCCGCAACGAGUGGAAUGAGGGCGACUAUGGCUGUGAUGAGGACACACUCGUCACCUUCAGCUGAGGCUUCAUCCGGCCAAACGUAGGUGCGAUUCCACCCAUGGCAGAGAUGCAAGCAAUGUGGUGGUGUCGCCUGCUGGAAGAUAAGGUCAAGGAGGGACAUCCUCUGGACAACUCCUGCUAUAGACUCACCGAUUCCAGGCUCUGUUAUGGUGUGGACUAUGGAUACUACAUGUUUGCUUUGGCAAAGGAGAUGGGAGCAGCACCAUCUCUUCGACAAUGGCUCUGGCGCGACUGGCGAGUCAUGCUGACCUGUGCCUUUGGCCAAGCGCACGUGCCUAUUUUCCGUCUUCAAGGACCAUUCCGCAGUGCAGCUUGCCAGGCCACCUGCCGCUCAGAGCUAUACAAUGUCUUGUGGACAAGACCAGUGGUAAUGAAUCUCACCUUCCUCAUUGAAGCCAUUACCUUUGGAGUGUUAUGGGAACUGGCGGAAAAUUGCUGUGCUGUGCAUUCGCUUCCAGG